AUGGACUUGGAGGUCAGUGAACCAAUAAACUUUAGUUCUGGAGAUCAAUUACAUCUGGUUCGGAAAGCAUCAGAUAAUGAGGAUGGCCAGCCCAAAUCUGGUCAGCACUACACAUCUUCACCUUCAGCUGGGCAAAAACAAACUCCUGGGAAUCCUAAAUCAAAGGCCGAUCAGCGAGCAGGUGUCUAUGUGGUACAAAUUUCAGACGAGAACAGCCCGGAUGACAGCAAUGCAAAUGCAGACAACCCAUUCUCAGACUCAUCUGUCCGGAGAGCUUUCAUUAGAAAAGUAUUCCUCCUCCUAACAAUGCAAUUGGUUGUCACCGGAGCAGUUGUCAGUGUGUUCCUUUUCUGGAGAAAUUUAAAGGUUUGGAUACUCCUGAACCCCUGGUUCACCUAUGCACUCUUAGCAGCAUUUUUCGUGGUGCUCUUUGUUCUGGCUUGCUGUGGGGAUCUCCGUCGUCAGGUGCCUGCAAAUUAUAUUCUCCUAGGAUUGUUUACAGUUCUUCAAGGUCUGCUGCUAGGAACUGUAUCUGUUUUCUAUAAUGCUGAGGAAGUGUUAUGGGCAAUAGGAGCCACUGCUCUGGUGACAUUAUCGCUGACUUUCUUUGCUCUACAAACAAAAUGGGAUUUUACCUUGCUAAGUGGAGUACUGUUUGUUUCUCUCUUAAUACUUCUAAUCUAUGGAAUUCUCAUCAUCUUCAUACGAUCAUAUUGGUUGCAUCUAGUGUAUGCUGGACUUGGAACUGUGAUCUUCUCAUUAUACCUAGUGAUGGACGUGCAACUGAUGGUGGGCGGGCGCCAUUAUCAUUCUAACCUGGAUCCUGAAGAGUAUGUUUUUGCUGCUCUGAACAUCUACUUGGACAUCACCAACAUUUUCCUUUUUAUUUUGCAACUAAUUGGACUAGCACGGUAG